CAACAGACCUACAUACCAUAUUUACCACACUUCCACGAAAUAACCAACGACCUACCCACCUACUCAACACUUACUCCGACAAUGUCAACCCCAACCCCAGACGACCCAACAACCACCACAACCACAACCACAACCACAACCACCCCCUCACAACACCGACAACAAUCAUCUCCCCCCCGCCUCCCCGUCCAAACCCACCACUGCCGCUUUUGCAACCACCUCCUCCUCGCAACGACCCGCUCAAUCCCAUCGCUACCACGGCGCAAAUCCCCCGCAAAAGACGGGGCGAUAAUCCUCCCUCUUCCGCGCGACAACAGCACCGACGACGCUGAACAAUCGCAACAACAACAACAAAAACACUACACCAUUCUCCUCUCAACCACUAUCCCCGAUCGCAAACACACGCUCGUGCGCAGGGAAGAUGGGUUCGAGAAGAGGUUGUUCCUACGGUGUGGACGGUGUAGAGUUGUGAUGGGGUAUUUUUUGGAUGAGGUACAUUUUGGGGGGAUGAGGUCGGUUGGGGAAGGAGAUGGAGAUGGGGAGGGGGAGGGGGAGAAGGCGAGAGUGGUGUAUUUGUUGCCUGGGGCUUUAGUCGAGACGGGGGUGAUGAUGCGGGAUGAGGAGUUGGAGAAGGUGGUUAAGGGGUUGGAUAGGGAGUGGGUGGGGUGGUUGGAGGGAUAGAUUUAUCUAUCUAUUCUAUCUCUCUGUCUGUCUGUCUGUCUUGGAUGCUGUGCUGUGCGCAUAGCAUAGUCUAUGGAUGGGGCGAUGUAUUGAGGGAAGUGAUAUAAGUUGGAGUUGUUUGUGCUAUACUUUACUUCAUAUACCAUGUAUCAUUUACCAUAUUUAUGCCAUGUUUAUUUAUGUCUUAUUUAUCCGAUGCUGAAUCGCGCAAUAUCCCAUAUACAAUGCACUAUAACUAAACUAUGCUCAAG